AUGUAGUCAGCGAUGUAAGGUAAGUGAAUAUUGAAGUAAAGAACAUCCAUUUCUUUAAGAGAACCGAAUUGAGACAGGAAAAGACUUGGAUUAGCACCGUUGGUUGCUAUCCAUAUUUGCAAAAUAUGCUUUUGAGCGGAAACCAUAUAUUUUUUUACUUUACAACAACUAGAGCCUUUAUUCUCGUCCGUUCAUGCACAGUAUACCAAGUUCAUAAGAGCGGUAAGACUGAACACUAAGAUCCAAGUCCUUUAGGAAUGAGGUUUUAGAAAAUCCGAUGAAAGUUAUAAUAACAGUAACAUUAAACGAUAAGAAACACCUGCGUGCAGAAACAAUCAAUGUCUAUAUGGUCAAAGAACCAGCUCAAACCUCCGUAUACUAUCAGACCGUAUUAAAUGUUUACCAUCAAUGAACGUUCUUAAACGAUUAGCUUAUGUCGGAGAAUGUUUUGGGUUUGAGCAUACUGAUCAUAUCCUAUAAUGUUGUUGCAGAUUAAGCAACUAUACACGCCAUAUAAAAAGAUUCAACCAGAGACUCAGCCGAAAAGCGUUUAUAUUCAAUUCAUCCACCCACAAUCAAGGAUAUUCGUAAUGCCUAGCAUCUUACUUUCAAUUUAUUCUCAGAAAAUUAUGUAACCUACGAACAUGAAGUAGAGGGUCACUGUUAGUUCAAGGUCAUAGACUGGGCUUUCAGUGCAUGCUUCGUGAAUUAAAUGAAACGCAUACUAUUUAAGACAUUAUAAUCAAGAGUUAUUUUUACAAUCAAACCAAAAAGCUUUCACUAUUCUUGUUAAAACAAAGCAACACAUUUUAACUCGACCAAUUCCACUCUUAAUCAACCGUAGUAAGUUGAUUUUGCGUACUAGAUUUUUCAAUAAUCCGAAAGAUACGACCGCAAGCAGUUGGAGGUAUAGAAUCAAUCGCUCGGGCAAACAAGGCUACCAUCAAGUUCAAUUAAUCUUUAAAAUUUCUUUUAAAGUACUCGUUUUAUUUUUUAUGGUUUACUCCAAAAAGGCUUGCUUUCUGUAGCUUUUCAUUUACUUAGCUUCUUUCUUCGCUUUCGCAGACAACAUCACUAAUCAUCAGGCUAAACCUACAACUAGCCCGUGUAACUUCAAUUCUCAGAGUUUUCAGCAUAUUUUUUCUUUUGAUCUCUAAUUAAGCUUUUCUACUGCUCUUAUUCUGUGAGAAGCAUUUUGGCUCAUUUGCUAAGAUACCGUCGUGAAUUGCAACGUCUAAACACACAUCCCAUUCGUCUACUGAACGAGCCUUCUUUAUACACAUAAAUAGAUGCUGUCGGCAAAAGCAAAAACAUACGAAAUAAAAUUUGAAGAACAUAGAUGCAAUGGAGACUGGCAAGCUAUACCGGAGGCAGCUCGAAAAUUAAAUAAGCAUAAUCCCUCUAAGUCGUAUAUUUGUGAAUUAGCUAAAAUUGAAGCUGUACUUCAUUUAGCUUUACAAGAUGAACAAGAAAAGCGAAUGGCAAACAUUGAUUUAUCUUCCGUUGAAAACUGCUCAAUUUUCAUACCGCUUCUUCCUAAUGAGCUCACAGAUCCUCUUUUGCAACAAUUAAAUCAGUUAGGUACACAACGAGCUUCCGAUGAAGAUAAACUUCAAGAAAUUCCUGUUCGAUUACUAUUGUACAUUUCAAGACACAGUUUUCAAGAUGCUGUGAACCUUGAUUGGUCUCCAGAUGGAUUGAAUCUAUCACCAGGCAUUAUUGGAAUCAGUAUACUACAAGCAACUGUCCUUUCAGCGUUGGCUCAUGCUUUCAUAUCUAACUACGAAAUUUCUUUUCAAUACAUUAGAUCUGGUAUUGGUAUGAUCCAACGAGCCAGUGACAAAAAUAUCGUCUCAUUUGAAUGGGCCAAAUGGUGUGAACUUUGCUAUGCUAUUUAUGCACAAAUUUCAUCUAUUUCUAGUGCCAGUCAACUAGAUAGAGCUUCAAUUUUGUGUGUGUGUUCAGAUUACUUUUCCUCUCACGCAAUGAUCGAUCCAUUGACACAUAUUGUGUUUUUUAGACAAAUUUCAAAGUUUUCUCACACAUUAUUUGAAGAAAACAAGAUUGAUUCACCUAUUUUUCAGAAAAGCCAAAUCCAAAGGUUACAUCUUCAGGAUCUGACGUUCUCACAGGAUUAUGCUAAGCAUUUAAUUGAGUAUACGUCGUUUCCCAGAGCGGGUGAUCAAAACUUUUUAAUUGUCGAGUACGUAGAAUCAACGAUGUCCAUUUGGGUGAGUACGGGACAACUAUAUAUGCAAGCCGUCAACCUGAUAAAUAUAUUUUAUAUGUUGACAGAGAAAUCGUUUCAUUGUCAACAAAUUUUUCGGUCGUUGGUGAUUUUGUUGACUCAUAUAGAAGAGUACGAGGAAGCUCAUCAAGCAUUUCAAUUAUAUAAGUUUUUGUGUAUAAAAGCACAAGAACGUUACUCUCGGCAGAAAGCUGCUAAUAAGAGUCUACUAUCAGACUUAAAGCCAAUAUUUAUUGAUCCUGUUGAAAAGAUCAUACAUGUUGCUUCCUUGAUGAUUUCUGUUUAUUCACAAUAUUUAAAUUCUCCACAAAAUGUUAUCGAAACUUUGGAUUUUAUUAUGAAGCUAAGUGCCGAUAAUGAAUUCUUAGAAAAUUCACCUACGUUUACUUUAGUUCUUCACGCUAAAGGAGUCGCCAACUCCUUCCUCUAUUACAGUACGAAUGAUCCCAAUACUAGGAAAGAAAAGCAUGAAGAAAGUAUUUUCUGCUAUAAAAAGAUUCUUGAAAUUGAACCGGAUAAUGAAACUGCCCUUUAUCAUUUAGCUAUGCAACUUGCAGAAAAGCGGGAAAUUGUAUCAGCUAUUGAAACUGUUAGAUACCUUCUAAAGAUAUCCCCUAACUAUAGUAUAUCGGCUUGGCAUCUCUUAAUAUUACUGCUGUCAUGUUCCGAACAAUACGAUUCUGCUCUAAAAAUUGCGGAUAGCGUUUUAGAAUCUUGGAACAUAAAAAAGAAUUCUUUUGAUGGAAGCUAUACGUUAGCGAAUCCAUCCGAAAUCAGUUUUAUGAAUCGUUGCGCUCUUGUUGAACUAAUGAUUACCAAGGUUGCACUAUAUGAAGCGUCUUCCGGAGUCAAAGCUGCUAUUGAUCUUCAAGAAGAGCUUUUUACUUUUUUUGUUACUUUGUUUGAUCUAAAUGAGUAUGAAAGUGUCACUCGAAAGUCACACACUGGAAUUCCAUCUAGUGGCCGGUUAGCAGCGGAAGAUGCAGAAUCAGAAAAAGGAAGCUUACUUACUCUUUCGAAAAAUUCAUCCCUCAAGAAACAUGAUUCAGAUGCUGAACGAUUUGGAACGAAUGACAGUAGAGGUGAUUACAGAGAAAUAUUACAUCGACGACGUUCUAGUAUUAUCUCUGCAUUCAAUCAAAAAUUAUGGCUUACGGCAGCCAACCUUUUUGUUAAAUCUAAACAAUACGAUCAAGCUCGCGGAGCCCUACUAGAAGCAAAGAAGCUUAAUGCUGACUCUCCAGGAUUACAUCUUGUUUACGGGUUAUCACUUUUAGCACAAAAUAGGGAAAAAGAAGCAAUGGAGCAGAUUGAAUUAGCUAUGUAUUUAGAUCCGCAUGAUCCUAUUAUAGCCACGACUCUAGUCAAGAUAUUGUUGACUUCUAAGGAUGAGACACGCAAUUCUCGAGACCGUGCGGACUCUUUAAUUUCAGAAACCACAUUGCAAUAUGGCUGGGAUUUACCUGAAGCAUGGUUUUAUAGUGCUGAACUGUAUCAACAAUUGGGUGAUGAAAAACAAGCAGCAUUUUGCUAUGACUACUGUAUACAACUAUCUGAUACGAACCCGAUUAGACGAUGGAAUAAUGUUCAACCACGCUUCAUGAACAUUAGCUCUCUUUAAAAAAAAAAAAAAAAAAAAAGAAAAGAAGAAAAAGAAGAAAUAUUAAUUAUUCAAUCGUUUUAAAAAUGUGUUUACUGCUUGAUCUUGUUAUUUCAAAAACUUACAUAUGAAUGAAGUUUUCUAAGUACAAAAGGUUCGCGGUUGGUAGUGUUAAUUCAUAGCUUAAAUUUCUUAUUACUUAAUAUAGCAUACCUUCUUUGUUACACUUAAGCUUCCAUUUAUUGAACUGAGGAAAGUAAUUUAUUUAUAAACAG